AUGCUUCCACUGGUGAGCAGUGGCUGUCCCAGAGUGUGCCGUUGCGAGGGCAGGUUCUUGUACUGCGAGUCACAAAAUGUCACGGAGCUUCCUCGCAACCUAUCGGGCGUGAUGGGCUUGUCGCUGCGGUACAACAGCUUGACGGAGCUGCAAGAUGGACAGUUCACUGGGUUAAUUCAACUCACGUGGCUCUAUCUGGAUCACAAUCACAUAGACACAAUAGAGGGGGAUGCCUUUCAAAAACUGCGUAGGGUCAAAGAACUCACACUUAGCUCCAACAAAAUCACACAUCUAGCGAACCAUACUUUCCGACCCAUGCCAAACUUGCGCAGUGUGGAUUUGUCAAACAAUAACAUACAGUCCCUGGCACCGGAUCUGUUCCACGGGCUACGCAAGCUGACGAGUUUACAGAUGCGCCACAACGCCAUCAAGUUUGUGCCAGUAAGAAUUUUUCAGGACUGUCGCAGCCUCGAGUUUCUCGACUUGGGAUACAAUCAGUUGAAGAGCCUGGCCCGCAACUCCUUUGCAGGCUUAUUCAAACUUGCAGAACUUCACCUGGAGCACAAUGACUUAGUGAAAGUUAAUUUAGCUCACUUUCCCAGGCUCCUCUCGCUACAUUCUCUCUUUAUGAGAAAGAACAAAGUCACCAUAGUGGUUAACUCUUUGGACUGGGUGUGGAAGCUCACCAAAAUGGAUCUCUCUGGGAACGAGAUUGAAUACAUUGAACCUCACGUUUUUGAAAGUGUACCUCAUCUGGAAUCCCUACAGCUCGAUUCCAAUCGCCUCACCUAUAUCGAUUCUAGAAUCCUGAGUUCUUGGAAAUCUCUCACCAGUAUCACCCUGUCCGGGAACAACUGGGACUGUGGGCGUAACGUCUGCGCCUUGGCCUCUUGGUUGAACAACUUCAAAGGUCGCUAUGAUGGCAACAUGCUUUGCACCACUCCUGAGUAUGCCCAAGGAGAGGAUGUUUUGGAUGCUGUCUAUGCCUUUCAUUUAUGUGAGGACCCUACUGAUCCAACUAGCCCCAAUGCCAUCAUCACCUUCUUUAACAACAGUGACAAAAACGCCCAUAACAAUCCCACCAUGACUACUGCCACCUAUGAUGUACAGGAUACCGAAGGGGAAAAAACUACGGACAUCUUGAUGGCUACCCUACCCAGCGAGCUUGCAGACAACACCAUUCAGAUUCACAAGGUGGUCACUGGGACUAUGGCUCUGAUUUUUUCCUUUCUUAUUGUGGUUUUGAUGUUGUAUGUUAGCUGGAAGUGUUUCCCAGCCAGCCUCCGGCAGUUGAGGCAGUGCUUUGUGACACAACGUAGGAAGCAAAAACAAAAACAGACUAUGCAUCAGAUGGCUGCUAUGUCUGCCCAGGAAUACUAUGUUGAUUACAAACCCAAUCACAUCGAAGGAGCCCUGGUAAUUAUUAAUGAAUAUGGUUCCUGUUCUUGUCACCAGCAACCUGCCAGGGAAUGUGAGGUGUGA